AUGAUAGUUGACUUCAGCAGCAUCAUUGAUGAUCCCUGUUACAACUAUGAGUCUCUGGAUCGUCCCUGGAGAGCAACAACUGAAAGCUUCGGUCUGUGGCUCAAUGGUUCUCACCCUCAGAUAGAAGAUGGGGUGGUGACCCGUGAGGUCUGUGCGGCUAAUUAUAUGGGUAGUUGCUGUGAUGUAGAGUACGAACCCAUCAGAGUUAAAGCCUGUCCAGGAAAUUACUACGUCUAUGAACUUGUGAAUCCAUACAAUUCAGACAUCAGCACUAUAUCACAGACGAUUUCCACAACAACACCAGCUAUGAUUACUGGAUCCAGCUUCACUUUGAGUGACCCAUGCUCAAACUACAACAUACUGGACAACAACUGGAGGAGCACACUACAUUACUGGUAUUGGUAUGGAUUUACAUUUGGACAUGAUGACACUAUGGUAAAAUGGGACGGAUGGUAUCGACUCUUCAUCAAUGGAUUGAGUGCUCAGAUGCCCGACUGGUGUGUUUCUUCCAUGGCAUGUGGGGGUUAUACUUCUCUUUGGCUUGGUGGUUCUCAUCCUGGAGUAGAAGAUGGAGUUGUUACUCGUGACAUCUACGGCUCUUAUUUUGACAAGUGCAGUCGUUUCACAUCAAACCCAAUCCAAGUCAAAGCUUGUCCUGGAGAUUAUUAUGUCUACAAACUCACCAGACCAAAUGUAUCAAUUGCAGACCCUGUAUAUUGUGCAGUAGUUUCUUCCAGCACCUCAAGUGUUGACCCCUGUGACAGCUACACCAGUCUGGAUGAACCCUGGAGAGCCACCUAUUAUUAUCUCUAUAAUGAUUACCAUGGAUACUAUAGUUACAGGUGUGAUUAUAAUAUCGACUGGAACGGCUGGUACAGACUUUUCAUCAAUGGUCAGAGCGCUCAGAUGCCAGAAUCAUGUGCUAUGUAUGGUAGGUGUGGAACAUCAAGUCCUCUGUCACUCAAAGAUCCUCAUCCACAGCCGGAAGAUGGAGUGGUCACACGACAUGUUUGUUUGACCACAUGGGACAGCUGCUGUGGUUAUGAAUCUCAUCCCAUACAAGUGAAAGCCUGUCCAGGAAACUACUACGUUUAUGAGUUUGUCAAACCAAUGGACUGCUCAGCUUACUGUGCAGUUACCUCUACAACACAGACAACAAAGCCACCCACUGAAUUCAUUUCUCCAAUCUUCACAACCACUGCUUCGACUGAUCCGUGUUCUGCACUGAACUGUACUGAAGAUGAAUGGUGUGGAGAGAUGAACGGUGUUUACGGCUGUUUCUGCAAUGAGAACCAAACCAGAUCUGAUCCUGACUCUUUUGAUUGUUUUGAAACCUGUGAAAGCAGUACAGGAUCUAUAUCUGUAUCUCGCUGUCAGCUCUUUGAAGCUGGUUUUUCAGCUGAUGGCCUGCACCUCAAUGAUCCCAGCUGCAGAGGAAUCAUCCAGAACGGCCGAGUGGAGUUUAGAUUUGAUAACAAUGGACACACCUGUGGUACAAAUCUUGUGACCAAUGGCACUCAUAUCAUCUAUGAGAACUUUAUUUUGGGAGCCCCAGGGUCAUCUGAAGGUCUCAUUAGCAGAGAGAGAAUUCUGCAGAUAUCUUUCAGCUGUGUUUACCCCCAAACCCAAACACUUUCUAUGAUAGAAAUCAACCCACUGGAGAGUCGUGUGAACAAGAAUCUUGUUGGUCAAGGGAUGUAUCAGGUCCGAAUGAUCCCAUAUCAUGAUGUUGGGUUUUCUCGGCCCUUCAAUGGUAGUGUGGAUGCAGAACUCAACCAGGAGAUUUUUGUUGAGGUUCGUGUUGAUGGGGUUGACAGUCGACAGUUGGUGACAGUGAUUGACACAUGUUGGGCUACACCUGUGAAUGAUCCAGAUUACAGUCUGCGCUGGGAUCUCAUCACUGGAGAGUGUCCAAAUCCACAUGAUAACACAGUGAAACUUCUUCAGAAUGGUGUCUCAACAUCCAGCCGUUUCUCCUUCAGGAUGUUUGUCUUCAACUCAAACUCCACUAAAGUUUAUCUGCACUGUUCUGUUCAUCUUUGUAUUCAGGCCAACAAUUACUGCUCAGCGCCCUGUUUUCUGGGUUAUCAUCAGAGGAUCGGCAGAUCUCUGGAUUUUCAUGACAGUUCCUCCAUAUCCAUGGGUCCUCUGAUUGGGUCUGAUGGAAACACUGUUCUGGCAAGCUACUGGCGCCCCCUCUCAGCCAGAUUGCACUAG